AUGGACAGGAGCCACUGGUUCACCAUGCACUCAGUUGUGGAGAAGCUCCUCGACAAAGGGCAUGACACCUCACAUCCCUCUGUACACUGCACUCCGGUGGCUCCUGCAGGCAUGAGCGGUCCCUUUCCUCUGUGUGUGUGUCUGCUGCUGGCGUCUGGCUUCGCCCAGGCAGGCAGGCUGCUGGUGGUGCCGAUGGACGGGAGCCACUGGUUCACCAUGCGCUCGGUUGUGGAGAAGCUCCUUGACAAGGGGCAUGAGUUGGUCCUCGUCAAGCCAGACGUGAGUUGGCAGCUGGGAAAAUCAUUGAAUUUUACCGUGAAGACUUACUCCACCUCUUACACCCUGGAGGACUUGGACCGGGAGUUCGGGAAUUUCAUUAAUAAUCAAUGGAAAACGCGGGAACAGAGUUUUCUUUUUAUGUUAAUGAGUUCGUCCCAUGGUUUUUUUGAGUUAUUAUUUUCACAUUGUAAGAGUUUGUUUAAUGACCAAAAGUUAGUGGACUACUUAAAAGAGAGCUCUUUUGAUGCAGUGUUUCUGGAUCCUUUUGAUAUGUGUGGCUUAAUCAUUGCCAAGUACCUGUCGCUCCCAUCUGUGGUCUUCACCAGGGGAAUACCCUGCUACUUUCUGGAAGAAGGUGCACAGUGCCCCGCUCCUCUGUCUUACGUCCCCAGGUUUCUCCUGGGAUUUUCAGACACCAUGACUUUCAAGGAGAGAGUGCAGAAUCAUCUCUUCUACUUGGAGGAGCGUGUAUUUUGCUCGUAUUUUUUCAACACUGCCACAGAAGUGGCCUCUGAGAUUCUCCAGACACCUGUCACGGUGUAUGACCUCUACAGCCAAACCUCAAUUUGGCUGUUCCGGAGUGACUUCGUUAUGGACUAUCCCAGACCGGUGAUGCCAAACAUGGUCUUCAUCGGCGGCAUCAACUGCAAUGAGGCCAAACCAGUGUCCCAGGUAAGUCACCCUCCCUAG